CUCAGACUUGUCUCGGUUUAAUUUCGUAUCUCGGUGAAAGUGUGACCUAGCACAAUUUAAAGAAUUAAACACGAAAUGGCGACUGAAAUCAUAACAAAACUUUGUAGCAAAGCAAAACUCGACAGAGAUAGGGGAUUUUCUGAGCUUGAAGAAUAUAUAAGCACUUGCGACGAAGAAGACAUUUUAAGUUUUGAACAGGACAUUUUAAGAAUGCUAUCACAACCUGAUGAUGGUUGGGAAAGUCGUCACGGCGGUUUGAGUGGUGCUAGGUGUCUCUUUGAACAUGGAAAAAUUAAACUAGAAGAUGAGGAAAUUGGAUCUGGUGGAGAUUCCUUUGCUUACACAAUGAUUGAGAAGUCCAUGCUGAUGUUAGAGCAUGACGAAUUCCGUGUUAGAAUAGCAGCAGGUAGGCCUACUUAUUAUGGUUAUAAUUAGAACUGGAUAAAAUUAUCAUAAUUGGAAAUUGAAAUUAAAUGAUUAAUAAUUAAUUAUAAUCAACUGUUAACUGUAAGGGUACUCUUCAGAAAGGUGGUCCCAAAUUAAAAUACUAUUCUUUAGAAAGUGUCUGGCUAAUAGCUGCUGAUAAUUGAAGACUUAGGCUAAAUGUAUUCAUUUUUUAAAAAAAUAAUAAGAUCACGAUCUUCAUCAGGCUCUUUAAAAUCAUCAUCUCCGCCUGAAGAAAAGAAAAAAAAGAAGAAGAAAAAUAAAGAAAAUACAAGAGAGAAACAAAAGUUGUCUCUGUUGAAUUGCUGUUAGUGUUUGAUAUUAGUAUUAGAAUUAGAUGAUGGUCAGCUGGCUACACUUACACUAACCAAAAAAGCACAAAAAAAGACUUAAGGGGGUUAACUACCUUCAUUUUCAUUUUCUAAAUUAUAAACAUUUUAACAUGUUUAAAGUUUUUAUAUUAUGUAUAUGGGCUUAGAUAAGUAAAAUAUGGUGGACAAAUUUAAUUAUUUUAAAAAAUUUUACUUCAGCGGAGCAUAUUUGGGGUCGAGGUGGUAAAAUCAUGGGAACCUUAGGAAAGGUUUUAUAUAAAAGCCACAGCAGCUACAGGUCUCAAAUUUUGCAUUUAAUUAGCCAUAAGCCUACUAAAUAUGAUAACAUUGAGACUUUGGGUAAAAAGAUAGCCAAUUUUUUUUUUUCAUGUCCUUUUGGUGCUGUUUAGUUUUUGUUUGGCCGCGCAACUUUUUCUUUAAAAAUAUCACUUUCAAUAAAAAUAUUUUUUUUCCAUGAUCAUUUUUAACCUAAACGGCUCUGUCACUAUAAUCUUAAGCCAUAUUUAAACAAGUAUACACAAUUUCAAAACAAUUGAACAGGUAGAUUUUGAGAAAAAUGAAGCCUAACAUUUAGUAUACCUUAAAAAUUUUAUUUUGAGAAAAACAGAAAAUAAACUCUUUUUGGAAGAAAUUUAAGUCUUAUUCAUAAUGUAAGCAAAUAAAUUUCAUCUUAUUCAAUAUAAAAAUCAUUGGGCAUGUUAAUAAGCAAAAAACAAAUGUAAACCUGUGGAAAAUAAAUUUUCAGUGACAAAUAUACAACACCCUCCCCGCGGCAAAAUUUUUUUUUUUUUUUUAAAUUUCCAAAAAAAAUUACUUUGCAUACCAAAAACAUUAUUUCAACAUUAUCAUUAUGAUUUAAAAAUAGCAUACUACAUAAUUUAUAAAAAUUGGAAGAUAUAUUUUUUAAUUUAUUAGUAGACGACAUAAAAAAAUCAGCCCCUUCAAGUAUUUCUUGCGGCCACCCUUACUCUAACUCAACUCUGCAUUUCUUUUUCUGCAGCUAUUUUUUAAACCUCCUUCCAAAUACUUCAUUAUUUUCUAGUGACCUCUGGGCUUUAUAGAUGCAGAAACUGUCCCUUGUAUUUCCAAGUAGAUGGGUCUGCAAAUGGUGCAGCCACAGCCUGUCUGUUUAGAGUGUGGACACUUUCAAAUUUUUUCUCAGUUUUUACCGCUUCGCAGGUUGCACAAAAAAAACAGCAAAUAUACUGCAAGUCUACAGUUUUUAUUUCUCAUCCUGUAGAAGGUGAAGAGACUAAGUACUGCAAGAGGCACAUUGCAGUCCAGUAUAGCAAACUUUAAAUAGCAACAUAGAUUGUUGGCGAAGGUGAAUCGCUGGGGCUGUCGGUGGCAGCAAAAAAAAAGCCAAGUUCAUGCUUUCAUGCAUACCCGGCAAAAUGACUGUCCCUGUCCCAAAAUGACUCGGGUUGUAUAUCCUGAAUAUCUGCUACAGAGUGGUUGUCCAACUGGCAGGGAGGGGACAAAGCGAUGGUUGAGAGUUCAUUCUUCUUCAACUUGGCCGCUCUUGCCAUAGUUGUCGAUGUCUCUUCAGCUUAGAUCUUGAAGCAGUACUCUUUGUCAAUUCUUUAGUUGGAGGCAUAACACUGAAGAAAUAGCAAUAGAGAAAUAAAAAAAUUGUCAAUAAAAAUAAAACAAUAUCAUAAACAAAGCAACUGGUAUGUCAAAAAAAGUUGCAAGAAUGAACACACGUACCUGUAAUUGAAAAUAACCAAAUAUUAUUAUUAUAAAUAGAACAUUUUUAAUUUAGUAAGCCCAAUAAGAACUAAAUAGGUACAGUGCCUGUAUAUUGUAAAAUAGAUCCAGUCAUUAUCAAUAGUCCUAUAUAGCCUAUAAAUAUUUCAAAUGUGUCUCCCCAUGUGGUGUAUGAGUAUAUGAGAUGCACUAUCACUAGUACUAGUACUAUUUUUAGUAUAGUAUUAUGGUAUGAUUACAAUUACAAUUAAUUAUAGUAUAGUGUAGCCUACCAGAAGUAAAUCGUUAAACUAUUAUUAAAAUAUUUUAGUAUUACUAUAUAAUAUGUACAUUUAGUUUGUAAUGAGAGUACAACAGGUCUAAUGUUUGUAAUACACAGUUCACGUGUGACUUGACUAAGUUUACUGACUCGGUCUAGCAGUGGCGUCCUAAGACUAGACCACAAAAUUACCAAUGAACGAAAUAAUAAUACCGAAUUCAAUUAUAAAAAUAUCAUAUACAAAUUAAUCUUACCUUAUUUUAUGAAAUCAAUUGAAAAAUAAUCAAAUCCUAAAACAGUAAAGCAAAUUUUCACUUCGAAUCGACGAAAAAGACAUUCUCUUUGUUUACACGUCGUCAGGGGAAAAUGUGGAAGGUCACGGCUUCCGUAUAGGAAAAUGGCGGACAUGGACCAAUCAAAAUGCAGAGAAUUGUUUAUAGCUACGAAUUGGCCAAUCAUCUACUUUUGUGUACACGUGAUACACAUGGUUUUUACGUGAAUGGUUAUUUUUAGAUAAAUUAGUCAUCGGAAUGGCAUUCUUUAUGCGGUGAUAAGCUUUCUAACGAUACCAAACAUGAUAGAAUCGAACCGGGGGUUUCCGCGCAAUCAAGUGUUGAAAAAUAGGUCAUUUCGGGUUAGGUGUGAACAAAAACAUAGACCCCCAACCCCUUCAAAUCACAAUUAUUAUACUAAAAUUAAUUAAUUUCAUAAUUUUUACUUUAUUUAAUGAUAAAAAAGAUAUUAAUCUAACAGAAAAUCCAAGUUUUGAAGAAUCGAUAUUUUUUUCAAAUUUCCAUUAUUUUGUGACCCGUGGAUCCCCUUAACUUCUCAUUUUCUAUAAUUAUGCAACAAAAUCUACUGUCCUAUGUCAUAGUGAUAGUGAGAGUGCAUUGCCUUCAUCAACUUUUAGUGUCGACUUUCCUAUGUCGAUGUGAGAGUGCAUUGACUUCAACUGUUUGUAUCGAAAUAACCCACUGAUGACAUUGUACGCAUGAAGCUCAAUACACAAACAAUAACAACACCAAAUAAUAUUCACUCCCCUAUAGAAAAAAAAUCAACCUAUUUACUUGAGUUCAUAUGUCAUGCAUGAAGCUGGCUGCGCGACCACCUAUCGCACUCAGCACUAUUACUAUAAAACAUGAAGAGUUGGGGGUGGGGGCUAUUUUUCAGAGAAAGCUGGAUGAACCAGAAGCAAAAGAUAUUUUAGGGAUAAUAGUAAGCAUAGUAUAGUAUAGUUUGGCCAACUGAAAAUUUAAGCAGGUUAUGCUGGGGUAAGUUAUUUGUUGGCACCAUUAGGCUCAUUCUCAAUUAUGUCUGUAAAAUUCUUUAUUCUAUAUCCUCUUUAUAACUCAUGGAGAUUUUGAGUUAUUCUUAGAGUACAUAGACCUACUGUAAUACAAAUGUUUGACACCUUGUGAAUGUAGAUCCACACUUGCCAACUGACCAAACCACUCAAAUUUUAGACUGAAGUGAAGCGGUGCUGCAUUCUCUCAUUACUUUUCUACUCAAAAUCCAUUGAUGGGCUGAUCCUUUAAAAAAAAAGAAAGUAAAUGAAGAAGCAAGGAGCAUAGUCAAUGUGUACCUCAGAGUCAUUGCUUACCUCAGUGGCGUUGCUUGGGAACCUACACUAAGCUGAUGGCAAGCAACAGGACAUCCAAGAUUAAGGAUCAAGGUUGCAACAGAUUGUGACAAGGAAAUGAACCUAAGGUUCAGCAAAGCAAAUCAGAAAUUUUGAAUACUGAAAUCCAUCUGGAGAUCAACCUAACUGAGCAACAACACCAAGACUUGAAAAUGUAAAAUGUUUACUAGGGGUGUGCCGGAUCCGUUUUUUCCAACCGGAUCCGGAUUUUCUUAUGCGAAAUCCGCCGGAUUCGGAUCCGGAUUCCGGAAUAAUCCGGAUUCCGGUUUCUCCCGGAUUUUGGUACUAUUGGUAGAUACUUCGGUAAGUCAAGGUGGACUACUACUUUUUGUGUAUGGGAAUUCGCAAUCGGCGCCAAAAAAUCCGAGUUUUUAAUUUUCCGAUGUGUGUGUCUAUUUAUUAUUAAAUUAGUACUUUCGAUAUAUAUUUGAGUUCCGUUCCAUUUGGAUAAGUGUCUUACGAGAGACGCCAUGUUUCUACGCGUUCGCAGCAGGUUAUGCAGCUCGCUCAACCUAAUUUCGCCAUGGGGUUGGCCACGCCCCCCUUUUUAAUGGCGGAAGUUGACGAUACUUAGGAAAUAUUAAUUUAUUAUCACUAUUUACAUCAAAAUAAUUGAUAACUUGUGUUUCAGAAUGCAUUUAAAGACAUUUAAACUGGAAUGUUUUAAUUUGAGCUUUAACAACCCGGUAGAAUCCAUAUUAUAAAUGAUCAGAAUUUACCGUGUGCAACACGUUGUCAUUGGCAACCAUUCACAGCCACUUGCAUAACUGUAUCGUAGUACUACCUCAGAGUUUCAUUCAUAAGAGUUUGCCGUGUGCAAAAACUAUUAAACCAUUGGUCAGGGAAAGCUUUAAUUAAUUAUUCAUGUGCCAAAGUUGAAAGUUUAAACUAAGUCUAAACAGUAUUUUAGUGAUAAGGCAGGGAAUGCGUUGCCUUAUAUAAACUAUAUAGUCAUUGCGCAUGACGGGAUUGGUGGAAUGAGAUCACAGAAUGUGGAGAUGCAGUCCAUGUUAAAAAAUGACAAACCAAGUCGUACUUUAAAAAUUCAUAACUUUAAAACUACAACAGCUAAAAAUAUGAUUUUGGUGUUAUAAUUCUUUAAAAAAUUACAUCUUUUCAACUAUGCCAUUGGUUUAUUUUUACAAAAAGUUUAAAUUUUCUUAUCAAAGUCCCUACACUAUUGGCCACUAUUAGCGGUGCUGACUCUAGCCUCUGGUAUGUACGGAAUAUUAAACAUUAAACAAGCUCAACGCUCGAAACAAUCGAUUAAUGUAUCGUGAUCGUGUGGAAUUCGGGAAAGAGAAUUACUUUUAUUUCAGAUCAGAUCCGGUGAGUCACAAAAUCUGGCAAAUUCCGAAAUCCGGUAUAUUCCGGAUUCCGGAAUCCGGUUGUUUCGGAUACAUGUAAAUCCGGCGGAACCGGAUUUCACCGGAUAGUGCAAAAUCUGGCGGAACCGGAUUCCGGACCGGAUUCCGGCACACCCCUAAUGUUUACUUUAUUGAUCAGAUCUGAUUGCUAAAAGGCCUGUAGCACAUUUAAAAAAAACAGAAGCUGCAAGUUUUCUGAACCAAAUGCCUGCGAAGGAACCAUAUUCAAGAGUAAUAGGACAGAAGAAGAUGAAUCAGUAGAAAAAUCAAAAUAUAUUCAAUCUUAUACUUUUCAUUUUCAAUAAUUUUAAUAAACACAUUUAUUUAAACUUAUAAGAUUUAAACAAUCCUCUUGAAACAGGUGAACUUUUAGGUGUGCUUUGCAAAUUGAUUGGAACAGAAGUCUAUGAGAGAAGUAAAGAACAAAUCCUAGGAGGAAUUCGUUCAAACUUGGAGCGACAAGGACUUGGUCUCUCAGAGGAUUCCUUGGAGUCACCAAAUGACCAACCCCAAAGUAUAAUGUUUGGUUCACCCAGUACCAGUGCCAGGCUCAUAGAAAGGGUAAAAAUUAAAUUUCACUGUGCAAGGAUAAAUAUGCAAGAAAACUUUUUUUAAUUUCUUUUUUUUUUUUUCUUUUUUUAAUUUUUGGAGAGUAGUAAUAAUUUAAUUAAAAUCAUAAUCUAAGACUGCUAGAUUCUUGAACAAUGAAGAACUCUUGUCACUGUAAGCAUCAAUUUGUCUUGUUGCAGCGAUGUAGUGAUUCUGCCCAGAUGCUCCAUGACACUGCUGGGUGGAAAUCAUUGGAAACCUACAUGAAGUUUGUACUAUUCAAUGAAUCACUAUGAAUGCACUUAUGCAAGUACUUUUCUGUAAAUAUUAAACCUCUUGAGGGGCAUUGCAAAUCAUUUUAAUUAUGCCAAACAUAAUUAAAACUUAAAGCAACAUUUAUUUAUUUAUUUAGUUCUAGCACACGUUUGCAGCCAUAUUAUUAUAUAUUUUGACAGGUGCCUUCAAAGUGUAAUUUUGGGCUGUGGCCACUUGUUCAAUGACUAUGUUGAUCAAGAGUUGCUGGACCUUAUCUUUGAAGCCCUGUUGCACACAAAUCGUUUUGUUAGAGAAACAGGAUUCUAUGUGUGUGGUGCCUUGGUGACAUGUGGGAAAAAGGACGGAUGUAUGCAUUUUUGAUAUCAUUUUUUGUUUAUUAAAAAAAAAACUUCUGGAAUUCACUCCUCUGAUCUUUACAAAGAGCCAUUAAAAAUGACAGCUCUGUUUUAAACCUAAUUACUUAGGGAAAUAAAGGUCUUGUCAAUAACCAUGGGGUAUUCUUAUCAAACUUUAAAACAUUCUUUUUAGUAGUUUUUUUAAAAUAGUUUUCAAUUUAUCUGGGCUGUGCCUUAAUCUGCCUUGUUAUGUCAAAUUUUCUAAUCUUAAAAAUUUCAGUUGAAAGUGGUAAUGAUGCUAAGCUCACUGAGGAAAAUGCCAUUUACCGGCAUGGUGAAGUGUUUUCAGAAUAUCUUGGAAAGGGACUUGCAGAUAACUGGAGUCAGGUGUGAUUAAAAUAUUUUAAAAAUGAACCGUAAAAGGCUUGAGUUGUGGAAGUAUUUCUUUUCAUUUAAAUAAUGAUUAAGUGUUGUUCCAAGUAUCCUGAAUAAUAACUUUAAUUGCACAUUACUAACAUAAUUUCCAGGUCCGCAUGGCAGGCUCAGUAGCCACACGUCAGUUUUUAACCAGCUUACCAACUGAAGAAGCAAGAGAAAAGUUCUACUCCAUCCUUAUUCCUAGAAUGUGCCUAAACAGGUUGGAUAUUUAUUAUUUAAAAAAAAUAUGUACAUUACCUUUAAUUAGACACAUUAUUUUAAUUUUUUCAUUUGUAUGAUGAAUGACCUAUGCACCAAAGCAGAAACUCAUUUAUUAAGCAUGAAAGUGUGCAUAUUUUUCUUCCAUUAAAAUAUUGUCACUCUGUAAUUUUUAUGUUAGAGUUUGAUGGAAUUAAAAAAAAUAAUUUUAAAGAAUAAAAUUUUUGUAAAUUUGAUAUAGUUGUAUUGUGUAUGUGUUGCUUUAUUUAAUUUCUAGUGUCUUGUAUUUAAAAACUGUGUAUUUUAUUGUAUUCCUAGGUAUUACAUGGCUGAAGGUGUUAGAAUCUAUUCACAAGAAACAUGGCGACUCAUCACUCAUGGGGAGGGUAGAUUGUUGGUAGAAAAAUAUAUCAAACAAGUUGUAAGUAACUUUAGGAGUUUCUUUUCUCUCAUAUCUUUUACAUUUUGAACAAGUUCUUCUUUAAAAAAAAUAUUUGUAAUCAAUUUUAUUUAAGCUAUGAUUUGAAUUGUCUUCUUUCCUGUAUCAGAAAGGUUUUCACUUAGAGAUUUAAUGUUUACAGAGGUAUCCAUUUCAAAUUUAAUGGAAAUGUUUCAAUGUCACCAUCAUCAUAGUACAUUUAUUUUUGUUGAGGAAAAAUAUGUGUCCUUGUUUACUAAUGAAGCUCACCGAAAUGCUAACAGAUACUCCACGUCAUCAUAUUUUGAAGGUUCACCACAACGGGAAAUACAUUCAUUAUUUAAGCUAGUCGUAAAAAAAAAUUGGAAUAUAAAAUGUGUAAUAAUAAUAAUAUUCUUUUUUUAAUGUUUGUUACUGUUUUAUUUUUGAAGUGAUUCAUGAAAGGUUUUUUUGGUACAGGUUGAGUUCUAUAUUGAAGCAACAGAAUCAGAUAACCAUGCAGUGAGGGAGGCUGCCUGUGCUUGCAUUGCAGAAUUGGGAUCAAAGGUGAAUCUAUUAUGAUCAUUAUAAUUGAAUUUUUAAAAAAAAAUUAAAAAUUUUGCAUGCUGAAAGAAAUAUAUAACUUAAAAUCAAAAUGUAGCUCUUAUUAUUUUUAUUGGCAACUAGUUUUGUUUUCAAGAUACAUUAAAAAAUGUAAACAGCAUAAGAAAUAUUUUAUGACAAUUUUUUUUCAAUUAUAUAAUUUAUGCUAUCCUUUAUUGUUCCAUUAUGAAAUACAAAGAUUUUUUAUUUCUAUGGAUAAUAUCUUAGGUACCGUGUUCACACUGUUUGGGGGAAAUAGUGGAACAAGAUGUUUAGUUUUGACAUCAAAAGACAGGACAAUUUGGAUUAAUGCCUUAUUCAUCAUACAAAACACACCAAGAAACAACAACGAAUUACAAUUCAAAAGAACUUUGUUCAGAACAUUGAGAUCUUCGAACACAUACGUUUUUGAUUUCUAAUUCUUUGUUGCUUCUUUUUUUGGCUUGUCUGCUGAAGAAGGCAUCUAGCCAAAAACGUCCUCUCAAUUGUCCUGCGUUACAUUUCAAGAUGAAAACAUAUCUAGUUCCACUAUGUGCUUUUUUAACCUUUAGAACUUAGUCCACGCAAUUUCAAUUGUUUAGCUAUUGCAUUACCAGUAUAUAAAUUAUCAAUCUAGAUUGACAAGUCAGCAGUGAGCCCAUAUGUAUCAAGAUUACUGGAAACUCUCUUGAUUUGCUUCAAUGAUGACAGCUGGCCUGUCAGAGAUGGUACAUUAUUUAUUUUUGAAAUAUCAUUUUCUAUUUAUUCCCAUUAACUUUUUUUCCCAACAAUAGCUAUUACUGUACAAAAUUUGUUUACACUUUAGCACUAGUCUUCUUCUUCUAUAUCUUAAGGGCCCACGAUCAAUUUAUUGAUCAUUUUGGCUCCUAUGCAUGUAGAUGGGAUUUGCAAUGUUUGUUGUUGCAACUAGUUGUUGUCUUCAUUUCUUAAUGGGAAAUAGUUGUUUUUUGUUAUUUCUCAAAUUGAUUUGUAUUAUUUUAUUAUGUUCAAUUCUAUUUUUAUUAUUAUUUUUGUACUUAUAAUUUCAGCUGCCUGUAUAGCUUGUGGACAUUUUGUGCUCUGCUUUCCAGAAGAAUCCAGGUAAUUACAAAAUUGAAGAAUUUAAUGAAAGUUAUAGAGGUAAUUUAUUCAUUCUCUAAUUGUAAUAAUUUGAAAAAAACAUUUAAAUGAUUUGUUUUUCAAGUUUAUUUUUUUUUAUUUAAAAAAAACCCAGAUCAUCCUUACCAGCUCUGUAUCCACUGUUUUUCAACAACCUGCAAGACAACAUACCCUCAGUGCGUCAAGGUGCAGCAGUAGCUAUUACAAAUAUCGUCAAAGCUUAUGGUAAGAAUAUUUUCUUUUAUAAUUGAUAAUAUAAUUGAUAAUAAAUCAUUUCAGUUAAUAGUGAUAUUGAUAUAUUAUAUAUACCGGAGUUAACUCAUUCCCUCCGGCAGCGCUGCUUCGGACUUAAUUUAUUUUCCUGAGAAAAGGGAAGCAACUCAGUUUUGAAAUUGAUUUAUAUUUUUAAAAUAUUUUUUUAAUGUUAAUGAAUUAAGAACAAAUGCAACAAAUAAUGAAUAAGGUUUAAUAUAAAUAUAACAUUAGCGGGGAAAAAAUAACGUACAAUGGCCAAAAAAAUCGAUUUUCGGCACCUCGGACGAACACAUGCUACAUAUAGACGCGCCGUACUAAAGCACAUGUAGUUUUAAAGUGAAACAAGAUAAAAACUUCCGGUUUCUAAAUUAAAUUCACGCAGAAAUCAUGCCAUAGCCGGAAGUCUCGAGGGAGACAAGAUUUCAUUGCUAUUUUUAACUAAAAAUAAGAGAGGUGUGUCGCUAUGCGCCGGGACGCAUUUGGACGCAUCAGGAGAAACCCCCCGAGGACGCAUUUAGUCGCAACCGCCGGGAAUGAGUUAAACAUAAAAGAUCAAACAGAAGUUGUAGGAAAAACAAAUUAGUAAUUGUAUUUUUAAAAUAAAUUAACACAACCUAAAAAGGUUUGCACUUUGAUUAAAUUUUUUCUUUAAAUCUCCUCUGAAAAGGUGGCGCUGAGCAGGAGAUUGUCUUUGCUAAAAUCAAAGAAGGGUUUGAGAAUAUUAAAGAUCAACCAGCAACCUCAGAGAAAUAUGAGAAUGUGGACAAGUCACCUGCAACCUAUGGGGUUGUCAAGCAAUUAAGAGACAAUGACAUGGAUCUGCACACUGACCAACAGGUAAGUCAGCGUACGGGACAGUUUGAUGAAUGAAAGAUGGCGUUCUCUAGAAAAUAAGAGACAUGGAUCUGGCCAACAGUAAGCCUCUAGUUUACUGGACAGUUGAAUGGAUAUAAAAGAACAUGACUUUCAGUUCAGAAAUGACUUUUCUUUCACUAAUGGAUUCCUACCUGUUGCAGCAAAAACCAUCAUCUGAUAUUUGUAUACACAGAACAAAAUAAUUUCAAACAACUCUUGACUUCACAAAAUUUUCAUUUAGUAAAAAAAAUAUUUUAAGAUAGUUUAUAACUGUAUGGAGUUAGCCAUGUUGUUUCAAAUUGUCUGAUACUUGUUGUAUAGCAUUCCUCUGUUUCAGUGGCUCUCAGUCUUGCUUAGCCAAUAGCUAUCUCUCUCUCAUUUGACUUAAAUUUAUUUCAUUAUAAUUUAUAAGAUAUCCAGAUACUCCCUCUAUACCUGAAAGUUUCUUUCAUUUAUCAUUUUAAUAUAACACUGUUAUAGCCUGUGUGUUGACCUAGUUUUUGUUCACCACGAGCCGUGGCAUGCAACUUUAUCACACACACCCCCCCCCCCCCCUUUUUUUUUUUUUGGUUUGCUUUUGACGUCAACAAUUAACUCUGCCAUUCUUGUCCCCCCACCGCCUUUGAUUGGGAAAGUUUAUUUACAUUUCCAAAAGGGUCCACAUAGAUUAGAGGGAGAAAUACUCUCUGACGAUUGAAUUUCUAGACUUUCUAUUCUAGAGGUUCCUUACUCCCUCACUAUAUAGACGGUCAGCUGUUACCAGCAGACUUACUAGACUUCCAGAAAGGUUUCUUUUUUUUUGGAAAGCUGCUGGCUUAUUUUUUGGCAGGAAAUUAGAACCUUCCAGGAAAAGAAAUUCAAGAAAUUGCAUCACCCGAUAGCAUUCUUUAGAACAAAUAGAACAUAAACAACCUUUUCCCAAUCAAGGAAGGGGAAGGUGGGGGACCCGGUACACAUUUAAUCGGUGAUGUAAAUAUUUUUUUAAAAAUGGGAGGGGUACAAUUGGUGGACAAAAACGUGGUCAGUACACAGGCUGUUAUAACAAACAUGUUUUGUUACUGUCUGUUGUUUAUUGUAACAUGGUUUUUUUAUGGUAUUUUUAUUUAAGAUGUACUCGUGUGGAUCUCUAGCACCUAAGAUGGGGAGAGGAGGUGGAUGUAUGGAUCACAAAUUUAGAAAACCUCCACAGCCAUGGGAAUUGGCUGAUGGGUAAGUUGAAUGAUUGAACUACCAUCAUUCCAUAGACAGCACCUUGAGCUAUUGGAAGUGUUCGCUCAAAUCAGGGGUUCUUACCCUGUGGUCUAUCUAAAUUUCUUUUGUAAUUGUAUUUUAUGCAUUUAAAAACUUAAUUCUAAGAGGUUUUUCAUCUUAUUGGCAAAGGGGGUCCGCUGGACCAAAAGAAAAAAUGUUUAAAAAGAUAAUUUUUCUAAAAAAAUUGCUUUUGUCUAAGUUCUAACAAACGGUUAAAAUUUUAAAAUUUUAUUGGAUGUAUCAUUAAUCCAUCUAUAGCUUUAUUCAGAAGGAGAAUUAAACUGUAUGGUAAUUAAAGCUCUUUAUCUUGUCCAAAUUGUAUAUCUAGCUGUGUCCACCUUCUGGCUGAAUUGAGUCAUGUCCCAUCAGUGAAUGGUCAAGUCAGUAAAAUGAUUCCUGUCUUGGUCAAGGCAUGUAAUAUGAAAUCUUACACACACUAUCCUAACUUCCUGGAGACAGUGUGCAAACAGGUAAUUUUAUCCAACUGAAUAUAAACCAUUAAUUAGACAUUUCUCCAAACACAAGUGCAAUAUUUUGCACAUAAAAGCACUUCUAGCAGCCAGAAAGUUAAUGUUAGAUGGUGCCAAUACUGGUUAAUGUUAGGUAUUUCUUAAUUGCCCAUUCUGGUUAUUAAUGUUAAGUAUUGCUUACUUUCAAAUUCUGGUUAAUGUUAGGUAUUGCCCAAUCUGGUUAACAUUAGGUAUUGACAAUUUUGGUUAGUGUUAGGUAUUGACAAUUCAUGUUAAUGUUAGGUUAGCGUCUACUUUCGAACGCUGGUCCACUGAAUAUAUCUCCCUGGCAUGGAACUGCUUUAACAAAAAGAAGAAAAAAGUCAUAACCUUAUACAUAAAUAUUCUCACAUAAAUUCUUAUGUUUAAAAAGUAUGAGGGCCGUCCAUAUAGUACAUGCCCAGGGGGGGGGGGGGGGGGGGGGAUUUUUCAAAGAUAUUAUGGCCGAAGGGGGUUUUGGCAAAUUUACAAAUUCUACAAAAAUCAUCCUGAUGUUCUGACAGUCCAAAAAUAGCAUAUUUAUAUCUCUGAUGCUGUUAAAAUAUCAAGCAAUUUUUUAUGGAAAUUUUGUCAUAAUUUUGCCUUGUGAACUUACUAGAUUUCACUUUAAUACUACCCUGUAUUAUUAGUAUUACAGUAAUAUUUAGUCCACAGUAUGAUCAACACGUGUGUAAUGUAUUAUGUUCGGCUACACCAGUGGUUCCUAAAAUUCUUUUAUUCCUGGCCAAAUUUAUUUUUUCACCAGGAGUCCUGGUGUUAAAUUUAUUUUUUCACCAGGAGUCCUGGUGUUAAAUUCUAACAAGGACACAAUAGCGAAUGCAUUCAACAAAUAAAUAAAGUAAACAUUCAGGUAAAAAUCAAUAAAACAUAUGUGUAGGUCAAUAAGCGUCCCCUAGUAAAUGCAAACAGUUGUUACUCAAGCGAGCUACUGGAUAUAAAAGUGGAAAAUAAAAUGAUGAAAAUCGGGAAAUAUUUUGUGAUGCCCCUGUGAGGUAGCUGCAGCAACCCAGGACAGGGCCAUGGUGAGGAAAAAUGGUGGCUAGGGUGAGGCUGGAAAAUAGUGCCCUUCAAUAUAUAGAAAAAAGUGCCCCUGGGAUGGACCAAUAAAAAGAUGGUUUUAUCCCCCCUUGUCUUAAUGAAAGAAAUGGGAUUUUACUGUUUAAUUCAUUAUUUAGGCCCCACUAAUUUGACUUUACUUUUUUGAAUGCAUAUUAUACAGAUGACCCUUUGUUUGUCAUCCGUGUAGGUGAACUUGAGAAAUACUUUACUGUUUUUUUAACACAUGGCUUGUUUCUUUUUCAGCUUUUAAAUAUUGCAGAAGGACUUGGAAAACGACCAUUUAAAAUGUUUUUGGAAAUGUUUUUAGAUUACAUAUUUGAAGCACUGGUAAGACUUACUCACAUGAUAAAAAUUAUUAUUUCUGCAGUGUGCAUAUAAUAUUCACAAAAGAUGAAAUGUUUCAAUUUUUUUUUUUUUUAAUAUAUACACUUUCAAUUUUGUAUUUCUUUUUAAAAAUAUAAUGUUCUAAUUGAGAAAAAUUUCUUUUUCGAGACUUAAAAAUUUUUUUUUUAAUUGUGUUUCAUUUCAUACAAUAAUUCCAAAAAUAUGUGAAAUGAUGUUUCAAAUUUUUUUUUUAAUGGGUGAAUGUUUUUUCACUUAAACACUUAAAAUCAAAAUUUAUAAAUGAUCACAUUGCCUCCACGCUCAUGCAUCGACCAAAUUUUUAUGUUACAGUUGGGUUGUUUUUUUUUGUAUGAGCACUGAUGUGUCAAUAAAUGUAGUAACUUGUGCCACGCAGGACAGUGAUGUUGCCCUAACCUCAGCAGCUGCCAGCCAAUGCAUCAUUAGCUUGAGUGGCUUCCUGGGACCAGGGAUCUUCAGAGGGAGGAUAGAAAGCUACAACAGCUCGUAAGUAGAAACUUCAUCCAGUAUAUAGCAAUGCUGACAUCUUUGUUCUUUUUUUUUUUAAGUCCCCCGAGUUAAUGAAGUUAGGAACUGCCAUCAAAUCAUCCCCAAAUCUGUGUGCUAAAGAGUGAUUAAGCAACUGAUGCUCAUAGUCAUCUCCAGUCUUGUCCUAUGAAAGAGCAGCUUGCUGCAGCUUAGUAUAUUUUAAAGAUUUGUUUCAUGCAUUUACAUUCACAGUUUUGGUUCUUGAGGUGGCCACCAUUUCUUCCCAUUUGUUGUAAGGAAAUAAAAUCAAUGAACAAUAAAUUACUCAUCUCCUCCCAGCAUUUACAUGCACAGUUUUGGUUCUUGAGGCGGCCACCAUUUCUUCCCAUUUGUUGUAAGAAAAUAAAAUCAAUGAACAAUAAAUUACUCAUCUCCUCCCAGCAUUUACAUGCACAGUUUUGGUUCUUGAGGCGGCCACCAUUUCUUCCCAUUUGUUGUAAGGAAAUAAAAUCAAUGAACAAUAAAUUACUCAUCUCCUCCCAUGCACAGUUUUGGUUCUUGAGGCGGCCACCAUUUCUUCCCAUUUGUUGUAAGGAAAUAAAAUCAAUGAACAAUAAAUUACUCAUCUCCUCCCAGCAUCAUUCUUGCCUCCUAAGAGUUAUUUCUUUUCUUUAUUAUAAAAUUGGAUUGUUGUCUAUUCUUUGUGAGUUCUAGAAAUGCAUACUUAUUUAUUCUUGUAAUGCGCCCCAUGCAAUAUAACUACCUUAAAGGUAGUUUACUGAUUAUUUUUCAAAAUUAUUUUCAUUGCAGUCUGUAACUGUAACAUGUGUUGGAAAAGUAUGUCUUUAUACAUUACAAUCACAGUGCUUGUCCAAAAAUUAAAAAUAGCUUGAUGUGUGAAUGUUUCUCUACUUUCAGGUACCUUUCAAAAUACGACUCCUUGCCAGGACUUCCCCAGUAGCUGCCAUUUCUGUAGGACUGAGUAUCAAGCAGUAUUAUGUGUCCAGUACAUUAGUAGAGCAACACAGAUAUUUUGAUGAUGUAUAUAUAUGUCUAUUUGAGGUGCAUAGAGCAUUGAAUUGCUUUUGCUUUCAGGGCUGAAUAAUGUCUUUAAUGAGCUAGUCUUCUUCAUAGAAUCCCAUAUCCAUUGGGAAACUUGUGUUUAAAAAAAAAAUGAAUUUAAAUACAGCUAAGUGGAUUGUGAUUUCUUUCAUUGGGGACAGUACUAAAGCCUUUUGAACAACUGACAAGAGCAGCAGGGGACAUUUUUGCAAGCAACAUUGCCAGCCAAUCAAGCAGUCUUGCUGUAUCCUGCAGAUGGAAAUUGGGGAUGAUGCACUAGCAUAAGAACAAGCAGCAUAUCCCCCCCCCCCCCCCCCCCCGGCGGUGGGAUUUUGAAAGCAAUUGUGUUUUCUUACUAUAAUCUCAUGACAUAGAUCAAAUCCCCCUAGUUAUAAAAGGUGAUGUUUUUACAUGCCAGCCAGAGGUUUUCAUAGUUAUUGCUCCUAUAUUCUAACCAAAACAGUCAUUAAAAUAUUUCCACUUUAAUUAAAACAAUAAUUGUGUAAAUAAGCUGAUGGUUGCUUUAAGUUUGCCUCAUUUUUCAAGGAAGUUGAAUUCUUGAAUAACAAAACAAAAUAUGGUUAUGUGCUGAAUGUGUUCAAAAUAAAAAUGUUAGAAAAUAAAAUGUUAGAAAAUAAUGUUCAAAUAUGGUCCACAUCUGUGUUCCCCAAACUUUUAAGUUUGGUGGACAAGUUUCAAAAUUGUGCCACAGACCGAUGUCAGAUUAAUUAAUUGUAUUUUCUUUUUAUUUGACCAUAAAUUAUUCAUGUUGAGGGAAACCGGCAACGUUAGACUGGCGGACUGGUGUCGGUCACCAAACCCAACUUUUUGGAAACAUUGGUCUAGAUAUCUUGAAUAUUCUUCCUUCAUGGCUUUAAAAAUGUUUAAAACAAAAGGAUGAAAGCACACAUGUGGUAGAAAUUCUGUAUUUACAAACAGAUAAUAAUUUUGUGUAUGGCAAUUAAAUUUGUUUAUUGCAUAGAUUAUCACAUACUGUUCUGGGCUAAUAUGUUGAUUCCUCAUGGAUUCAUAAUAAACGUUAAUGUUAUUUGUUAUUGAAACGAUCCUGGCCGAGCCGCACUCAUUACUCUGAAAUCUUAAUACAAUCAUCCAUCAGUAAAUAUAACUCAUUCACACUUGUAAAGUGACACUAUCGAAAAGAGACUUUAAUCCAACUGCUCAUACAAUGAGAAUGUGGUAAUCUGUUUACUAGGAAACAUGUUGGUUACCUCAAGGUCAUGAACAAAAGCAUUUGCAGAUGCUUUCAUUUUCAUUAUUGUUUUUAUGCAUAUUAAAUUAACAUACUGGCAUAAGCUAAAUAGAAAUUGAAAUGAAAGAACACAUUAUAAAUAAUGCAAUGUUUAUCAUGGUCUGAUACUGGUAGGGUUUAGGUGAUUGAGAGGUGUAGACAGAGUCUGUGGCGUUUGGGGGAGGAGAGUUUCUAUCUACUUAAUGUACCUACUUCUAUUUUUCCAGUUUUUUUGUUUUGUUUUUUUAAAAAGGCUGCAAUGAUCUACUGGAAGGGGCUGGCUAAUAACUCUUGCCUCCUGCAUGUCAGGAUGGAAUGUUAUCUCCCUCAUAUUAUGAUUUAAGUUACAGCACAGCAGAGACAUGCUUUUUUUUUUUCCUUUUCCCCACUGUUAGAUUCCUUUCCCCAUGGCUUUGAGUGAUGCAUGACAAUAAAUUGAUGUAGACCCACUGUAUUUCGUGUUACCAAAUGCUGAGACCUACACUGACCAUGGGGGUCAGCUGCAUUGAGCAUUCCCACUGCUGCCGGUCCAGGCUCAUCACAGUCAUCUGUAAAUGUAAUAUUAAUCCCAUCACCUGUUCACUUCAUGAACCUGGAAUAACAUUUAUAUGUAUUUUGACAUUUUUCAGAAAAUAGAGUGCCUGUUGUAAGGGAUUUUCAGUGUGACGAUACAUCUUUUGGCUUUUGUGUGUUUGUAUGAGAUGGUCAACACGAUCACAUACACAAGGCACGUAUCACUUAUUGGAGUGUUCUUAGUAACUUCAAUGUUCAAAUUGACUGGAUGAUUAGAAACAGAUCCUUGGAAAUUGUUUGAUAAUAUUUGAGGGGAAGUUAUUUAAAACUGGUUGUGUGUCCGUCUUCAUGCGGAACUGAUAAGGUUUGUUGAGUUAUUCUCUCUUUGUAAACUACAUGCUGACUUCAUGCGGGCCUGAUCAGGUUUGUUGAGUUAUUCUCAUCCACAUUUUUAUAUAUCAAUAUCUUGAUGACAGACAGCUGGGUGGUAAUGAAAUCUCAUAGGUUUAUCCUAGUCUCUUUUGGUUUAUUUCAUAUGUAUAAUUUUUUAGGAGCUUGUUCAUCAUGAGGGCCUCAGAGUCCCAUAUUUAAAUGUCCCGUUCCUCAGACACCUUUUUCCUUUUACCAAAAACCAAUUAUUGUACGUGAGAUGUGAUGAUACAAAGAUGUUGCGUAGCAAAUAAACUGUCUGAUUGUGCCUCUGAGUCUGACUCCAUUUCUUUUUGUCUCCACUUUAAAUUAAAAAACUGUCC